AGCCGCGUCGGCUCGAACGACUUUGGGCCAAGUCGUUCUGUCCGCAGUCCGAACAGACUGUAAAGCGGAACUUGUUGCAGCUACUUCGGUAUGCCGGUCCUGUCGGCUGGACAUCCGUUUCGCCCUGCAGGCCCAGCCUUGCGGCUGCCUAGCUUCUGCAAGCAAAUGGCUUUGAUCGAGCUCUUCGCGUCAGGCUUUUUCGCAACCUGGUGUGGACUGACAUUAGUGCAGAUCCUCACGUGCGACGCGGGGCUGUGGACGUUCUUGUCAGUGCUGGCCGUGGCCAAAACCAUUAGGCUCGGCAUUGCCACGGCAGCUGUUCGCAUGAGCCAGCAUCUCGAGCAGCCUGUCAGGCAGUGGCAAGCUGUCAUCGUGCUCGCUGUCUCCGGUGCCGUUCUGCCCGCACAGAUGUCGGCCAUGGCCACGAUUUGCUGGCGGCUCUUUCAGGGGUGCCCAGCCGCGGCUGCAGCAUCGGAUACGUCAGCCAUGGGUGUUGCAGAUGUGUGUUUUCUCAUGGUGACCGCCCUCACUGACUUGGUGCUGAGCUUCCUGUGGUCGCAGAGCGUGAACGUCCCUCCCAGACCGCCGAAGCCACAGGUGACCUCCUUCGUGGUUCGCGACGUCGAGUUGGAGUGCAGGGACUCGGUGUGCGUCAUAUGCCUGGACGAGCUCACACCUGGGUGCCUUGCGGGGAGGCUGCCUUGUGAUCAUGUGUUUCACGACCAGUGUUGCCGCACCUGGCUGGAAGUCGGGCAUCGUCAGGCCCGAUGCCCGAUGCUCUGCCCAUUCGUUCCGAGUUCACCCAAUGGGCACGGCCCUUCCGUCGUGGGAUCCCCUACGACAGUCAGAACAAUUGACCUUGAGAGCAAUGAGCGCCCUCUUGAGCUGGUGCAUCCUGCCACUGACGAAGCGCUGCCAUCCAGGUGUGCUGAAGUCCAGAGCACAUCCCAUGCCGCGAUCCCCGUUGCUGAAGCCGUCUGAGGUUUGUCUGUACGUGAUUGGUCAGGUCAGUUCAGAAGCCCUGCGCCAGACGCCGUGCAAGCAGGAUGCAACAAGAUGAUUGCGCCUGCAAGGAGCCCAUCGGCGCUCCGCUCGGCUAGACAGGUAUACUGUCAGAGUGCCCAGGCCAGGAGGAGGAGGAG